AUGGCGACCGCGGGCACUCUCAAGCUCGAACCAGCCACUCUCGAAGAUGCCCCCGCUAUUGCGGAACUGUGGUUUGCGGCCUUCACAGACCCUGACAUGCGACACUUGUUCCCCGACACACCCGGAUUCCGUCAAUGGUGGAUUAAGGCUAAUCACGAUGAUAUGAUCAACAAGCCAUUCCAGAAGUAUAUAAAAGUGGUCGACACAGCUUCUACCGAUGAGCAGGGCCGACCGCGGAUGAUUGCGUAUGCCAAAUGGGACUUGUCCAUGCUUUCCGAUCGGGGGACUCGCUAUCCACCUUGGCAUGAAGACCAGCCUGCGGAUGAAUGUGCUGCCUUCUUUGACGGGGUCGAUCAAAAUCGGAUUCGAAUCAUGGGGGAUCUGAAGCAUUAUUAUCUUGACAUGCUGGGUACACACCCGGACUACAGGAAGCGAGGUGCAGGUUCUAUGCUUGUCAAAUGGGGAUGUGAUUUGGCCGAUCGUGAAGGAGUUGGCGCAUAUGUUGAUGCCAGUAAGGCUGGAGCUCCCCUGUAUGAGAAGUUCGGGUUUGUGGACCACAGCCUACCUGGUUCUGAGAGUACAGUUGCCUCGAUGGCGCGGAAGUAG